AUGAAGGGCCUUCCACCAGCAUUACGAUUCGCAAUUUCGACUGCAUGUCCACGAUCUCUAAGACCAGCUUCCAUCAGAUUCUAUAGCGACCGGCGUCCUCCACCUCUCGCCCGACCAGAAAAAAAAACGGAGGGCGAGGAUCGACCAGAUAUCAAGCAACGCCGAAAACUGUUCGAGGAACUUGGUGUAGAGCCAUAUCCACGGGUCGAAUUUGACGAACGAGCGAUUGAUGUCAGCAGAUUUAUCGCGAAGUAUGGCGAGACGCUCGGAAAGGGUGGGAGAGGUGAAGAAGUUGUUACCCUGCGUGGACGAAUAGGCAGGAAGAGCGCGUCGUCGUCAAAGUUGUAUUUCUACGAUAUCGUGCAGGAUGGGAAGAAGUUACAGGCUGUAUGUUCACUGAGGAAGUUUGACGGGACGCCGGAGGAGUUCACGAAGAUGCACCAUAUGUUUCAUCGUGGAGAUUAUAUUUCGAUGACCGGAAUCCCAGGCAAAACAAACGUCGGCGAACUCUCCAUCUUCACAUCCUCCCAAAUCCUCCUAUCCCCCUGCCUCCACCCCCCUCCCCUCACCCCCCUCGACCUCGACAAACGCAUGCGAAACAGACACAUCGACCUCAUGGUAAACCAAUCCGCCGCCAACGCCCUCCGAGUACGAUCAAAAAUUCUCACAUAUCUACGGAAAUUCUUGGUGGACAGAGGCUUUGUGGAGGUUGAGACGCCGAUCUUGAGUGAUACGAUGGGUGGGGCGAGUGCGACGCCGUUUAUUACACAAAGUAAAGUCACAGGGAAAAAAGAGCUGAGUCUCCGAAUCGCUCCCGAACUGUGGUUGAAGCGUCUCGUCAUCGGGAGUCUGGAUAGGGUGUUUGAGAUUGGCAAAUGCUUCCGAAACGAAGGUAUCGACGCAACCCACAACCCCGAAUUCACAUCCUGCGAGUACUACCAAGCAUACGCCAACCUUGACGAUCUCAUCCGGGACACAGAAGAUUUACUCUCAGGCAUGGUAGCACAUUUGAAGGAUGGAGAUUCAACGAUUCUCAACCCCACUGAUCCGACGGGUGGGGAACCGAUCUCGUUCGCGAUACCGUUUAGAAGGAUCGAGUUUAUCCCCGCGCUCGAAACCGCAAUGGGGCGAAAACUACCGCAACUCGACGACGAAAACACAACCGAAUCCCUCCUCACCCUCCUAAAAGACCUCGGGAUAAAGCCCCCAUCACCAUCCACACCCUCAAAACUUCUCGACAAACUCGCAUCGCACUACCUCGAGCCUCAAUGUAUCCAACCCACGUUCAUCACCCAUAUCCCAGAAAUCAUGUCCCCCCUCGCAAAAGGCUCCGAAAUCAACGGACAUAGAGUAAGCCACCGCUUCGAACUCUAUGUAAACUCACAAGAAAUCUGUAAUGCGUACGAGGAGGAAAACGACCCAAUCUCCCAACGCGCGAAAUUCACGCUGCAACAAUCUGAUCGCGAAUCCGGAGACUCGGAGAUCCCGGCCGUGGAUGAGAGUUUUGUUCAUGCGUUGGAGUGGGGGUUACCGCCGACGGGGGGGUGGGGAAUGGGGAUUGAUCGGUGGGUUAUGUUGAUGACGGGGAAGACGAGGAUUGGGGAGGUUUUGAGUUUUGGGGGGUUGAAGCAUACUGUUGGGCAGGGGUUGGGCUUGAGGGCGCCCGGUGAGAAGGAGGGGCAGAAGGAUAAGGAGACGAGGGAUUUGCUAUAG